AUGGGGUCCAGCUCCUCAUCCUACACCCCGAAAUCCAUCUAUCUGGACGUGGACGGAAAAGUCCAGAAGGUGGUGUUCAGUCGUCACUGUUCUCCGUGUGACAUUAAAGAGCUCCUCUGUUCCUCCUCCAACAUACCCAGGAACACAGCCAUCAUGAUGGUGGACUCCGAGGGGGCCCUGGUCUCAAUCGACCCGACCAUGCCAACUAACUCCCCCAGCUCCCUGUACACGGUGGUACCUCUAUCAACUGGACAACUCGGAGAGAAGGAGGACAUGUUCCAGAAUGUUCUAUCCCAGGUGGCUGAGCAGUUCAGCAAGGCUUUCCGAAUCAAUGAGCUGAAGACAGAAGUGACCAACAGGCUAGCCAUGCUUGAAAAGAGAGUGGAGUUGGAAGGCCUGAAGGUGGUAGAGAUUGAGAAAUGCAAGAACGAUCUCAAGAAACUUCGCGAUGAGAUGACCUCCAGAGCAGGCGGAAGGGUGAACUGCCCGUGCAGAUACAACUUCUCAGAUGAUGGGAUGAAGCUAACUCCUCGUCGUGACGUCCCUAGCUAUCCAAAGUACACACUUUCUCAGGAGACCAUUGAGGCUCUGAAAAAGCCCACCUUUGAUGUCUGGCAUUGGGAACACAAUGAGAUGCUGAGCUGUCUGGAGUACAUGUACCACGACCUGGGACUGGUGAAGGUGUUCAACAUGAACCCCAUCACGCUCAAGCGCUGGCUGCUAGCCAUCCAGGAGAACUACAGGAACAACCCCUUCCAUAACUUCCGUCACUGCUUCUGUGUCAGCCAGAUGAUGUAUGGCAUGAUUAAUCUCUGCAACCUGCAGGAGAAGCUGACUUUGACAGACAUGGGGGUGUUGAUGACGGCCGCUGUCUGUCAUGACCUAGACCACCCGGGAUACAAUAACACAUAUCAGAUAAAUGCCCGCACAGAGUUGGCUGUGCGCUACAAUGACAUCUCUCCUUUGGAGAACCACCACUGCGCAGUGGCCUUCCAGAUCCUCUCUCUGCCCGAAUGCAACAUCUUCGCCAACGUAGAGCCGGAGGCCUAUAAGCAGAUCCGACAGGCCAUCAUCACCUUGAUCUUAGCCACAGACAUGGCACGACAUGGCGAGAUACUGGACUCUUUCAAGCACAAAGUGGACAAUUUUGACUUCACCAACGAGGAGCACGUCACAUGUUUGAAAAUGGUCCUGAUCAAAUGUUGUGACAUAUCUAACGAGGUGCGGCCAACAGAAGUGGCAGAGCCGUGGGUGGACUGUCUGCUAGAAGAGUACUUCAUGCAGAGUGACCGGGAAAAGUCAGAAGGUCUCCCGGUGGCCGCCUUCAUGGACAGAGAUAAAGUCACCAAGCCGACGGCUCAGAUCGGAUUCAUCAAGUUUGUGCUCAUUCCCAUGUUCGAGACAGUCAUGAAGCUCUUUCCCCAGAUAGAGGAGAUCAUGGUUCAGCCCCUCAGGGACUCCCGUGAUCACUACGAGGAACUCAAGCAGAUUGACGAUGCCAUGACCGAGGCACAGAAGAAAAAAACUGAGAAUAUGUCACUAGGAGGGAAGAAGAAGGAUCCCGUUUUCUGCUUCGAUUCCAAAGCGCAAAGCGUUUGUCCUUUUAAGACAGUAGUCGUGUCCUGCAGUCCCAAGGCCAGCCUGGAGGGGACGCUAGACCUGGGUGCCCACCCAGAGAUGGAGCUGCUGAGGAGUCAGUCUCCUCUACAGGUGCGCAAGUGGGAGACCCUGACCUGUCCUUGA